UCAGUAGGGCCUUUCAGGAUGCCAUCGUUAGACAGGCAUCUCUUAGACAGCUGUAUCCCAUGACAGCAGGGUCCUGAUAGACGCUGACUUUAGUGACGUCAAUAGUACGCGCCACGGGAGAUCCAGUGUACGGUGCUCAGUCAUGUUCGUGCCAGCGGCUGGUGAAUGGCUUCCCCCGGCGGACUGCACUCUGCUCCUGCCUGCUGUGUCUGUAGGAAAUGUUGGACAGCUUGCUGUUGACCUUAUAAUCUCCACGCUGGUUUUACCAAAGGUUGGGUAUUUUUACACGGACUGUCUGGUACCUAUGGUGGGUAAUAAUCCAUAUGCUACUAAUGAAGAACAUGCAAAGGAGCUGUGCACAAACGCUGAAGUAUAUGCAUCAUCUGACAAGAAGCUUGCUGUCCUGCAGAUCAGAUCUCCACUAAUAAAGAAAAAAUCCAGGGCUUUCUGCCAAGCUUUAACCAGCUGGAUGAAGACGUGUGCAUUCAGCAGAGUAGUUCUUCUGUCCAGCAGCCACGCAUACCAACGUGAUGACAGACAGCUUUCUGGGACUCCUUUUCGCUACUUAGUCACUCCGGCUUUGCAGACUUCGGUGGCAGACACGAUGAAGGCAUUGGAGUGGAAGGAAAUGGAGAAGUUGUCUUUAUAUCCAGGCAUAAAUGAUGAGGAGAAAAAGAUUUCCAUCCCCGGAGGAGGUUUAACUAAGCAUUUGUUUGAAGACUGCUGUUCUGAGAGCAUACACAUGGCUGUUGUUCUGAAAUUCUGUUCUGAAGGUGACAACAUCCCUGAUGCUUUUGAUCUUCUUGCUCAUGUGAACCGAUGGCUUCAUUUGCUUGAUCUUCCAGGUGAAGUUGGAACAACUUCCUGGAAGAUACCAAGCUCCUGGAGAUUACUGUUUGGCAGCGGACUUCCAUCUGCACUUUUCUAACACAGCUGUUGGAUUACAGUGGAAUGAAUAUGCACUUUUACAUUGGUUCAGAUGGAUUAGAAGACCAUUCUUUGCUGAAUCAUUUUUAUACCCUGUUAUAAAGAAUGAAUGUUUUCUAAGUU